GCCAGGGGCUCGCGCUUCACUCUGCCCCCAUGUACUCCAAACCUGCGCAGUGAAGUGUGUCUAGACUCCAGCCAAUCCAACCACCAGAGCUAGAAGUGGAGCUGGUGCAGGCUCCCAACUCUGGCUUCCAAACUCCAGCCCUUUACAGGGCGGGGUGGGGUCCACCACUGCGCGUGAUGCUGAAUGCCGGCCCUCUCCCCUCCUCCGGGAGGAGCUUCCUCCUCACCGCCAGACUUAAGCUAGAUUCCUGCCUCCACCAUCAGGCCAACCAACUUCCUUUGCAGCCCACCAGUUCCGGAAGCUGAGGCUUACUGUAACGUUGGCAAGGUGCAGAACCGAAGAGAGAUCACACUGUUUUGUUCACGCUCUGUGAUUGAGCCGAGGGAACAUGGCGGCUUCAUGUGUCCUCCUGCACACUGGGCAGAAAAUGCCCCUGAUUGGACUGGGCACCUGGAAGAGCGAUCCUGGCCAGGUAAAGGCUGCUGUUAAGUACGCCCUGAGUGUAGGCUACCGCCACAUUGACUGUGCUGCUAUUUAUGGCAAUGAGACGGAGAUUGGGGAGGCCUUGAAGGAGAAUGUGGGACCUGGCAAGGUGGUGCCUCGAGAGGAGGUGUUUGUGACUUCCAAGCUGUGGAACACUAAACACCACCCUGAGGAUGUGGAGCCUGCCCUCCGGAAGACACUGGCUGACCUCCAGCUGGAGUAUUUGGACCUGUACCUAAUGCACUGGCCUUAUGCCUUUGAGCGAGGAGACAACCCUUUCCCUAAGAAUGUUGAUGGGACUAUCCGCUAUGAUUCUACCCACUACAAGGAGACCUGGAAGGCUCUGGAGGCACUGGUGGAUAAGGGGCUGGUACGGGCACUGGGCCUGUCCAACUUCAGCAGUCGGCAGAUUGAUGACGUGCUCAGUGUGGCGUCUGUGCGCCCAGCUGUCUUGCAGGUGGAAUGCCACCCAUACCUGGCUCAGAAGGAGCUGAUUGCCCACUGCCAAGCACGUGGCCUGGAGGUGACUGCUUAUAGUCCUCUGGGCUCCUCUGAUCGUGCUUGGCGUGAUCCUAAUGAGCCUGUCCUACUGGAGGAGCCAGUGGUCUUGGCACUGGCUGAAAAGUAUGGCCGGUCUCCGGCUCAGAUCCUGCUCAGGUGGCAGGUCCAGCGGAAAGUGAUCUCCAUCCCCAAGAGUAUCACACCUUCACGUAUCCUUCAGAACAUCCAGGUGUUUGACUUCACCUUUAGCCCAGAAGAGAUGAAGCAGUUAGACACCCUGAAUAAAAAUUGGCGAUAUAUUGUGCCCAUGAUCACUGUGGAUGGGAAGAGGGUCCCGAGAGAUGCAGGGCACCCUCUGUAUCCUUUUAAUGAUCCAUACUGAGACCACCACUCUGUGGUUUCCUUUCCAGCUCUCCAGCUACAAGGUCCUGCCACCCCCAGAAAGAAGGAGUUAAUAAAACCACUGGAACAUCCAUA